GAGCGAUGGUUAGACAAAACGUAGAAAUGAAAAGAUCAAAGAAGCAAUGGAAGCCAAAGAAGGCGACGGACGGUAUUAUUGCUCUGCUUUUAGGCUGGAGUCGGAUACCUCCGCCAUGGCCCACCUGCGUCUUUUUUCCACCCACCCGCCCUCCGAAGCCGCCCCAAACCAGAGAAGAAGAAGACGAUCGACGAGAAGAAGUAGGAAGACUCGAUCGUCUCGCCGAUCAUGAUCUCGUUCCAAGAUCGAUCCUUAAUACGCUCUCUUCGAUCCUUGCAGAGGCAACGCCCUGUUCACGAGAUCCUCGGCGGUGGUUUCCUCAAAGUUGCGGAUGUGAUACUUUGGAGGAGAAAGAAUGUAACGAUAGGGAUCCUGCUAGGAGCACUGGCUUCCCGGGUGCUCUUUGAAGUAGCUGGUUAUACUAUGCUGUCUCUCCUGUCCAAAGUUCUGCUGCUUUUGAUUUCCAUUCUCUUCUUGUGGUCGAGGGCUGCGGGAAUCCUCAACAGGCCCCGUCCACCUAUUCCAGAAAUGCACCUCUCCGAAGAAAUGAUGCGUGAAGCUGCAGUUUUUGUUCGUUUCCAUGUGAAUGUGCUCCUCUCGGUUUUCAAUGAUAUUGUACACAGAAAAGACACAAAACUUUUCUAUAUGAUAGCUCUAUGCUUAUGGAUGAUUUCCAUGGUCAGUGGUUUGAUUGAUAUUCUUACUUUGGGUUACGCAAGCCUGGUAAUCAUCCUAACAGUUCCAGCACUGUAUGAGAAGUACGAAAAUGGCAUCGACAGCUACGUGAAGAUGGCUCAUAUGGAAGUGCAGAUGUAUGAGAGAGUAUACACCGAAUGUUUUAUCAAGUACUACAUCAAAGCAAGGAGGUCGCUUUUGGAAAAGAAGAAAUUACUGACCAAUGUUUGAUUCUAAUACGGCAUUUUGUUCAUUCAUUCCCCCUUUAACCAUCAUAUCAAGAACGUCUUUGAGUGAAGUCCGUUGCAUCAGGAACUACAUGUGAAAAAUUGUGCAGCUCUUCUUUUUUAACUCUAUUGCUUUUCCAGUAGAGGAUUUUAGUGGAUUUCUUUUCCUUUUCUUUUUCCGAGGGAAGUCUGUAGCAUCAGGAAUUGCAUGUGAAACAUUGUGCAGCUAUUGUUAUUCUCUUUGGCUUUUUCAGACAAAGGACUAAUGAUAUUAUUCUUGUGAAGUUGGAUUA